AUGGCAGGUUGGAAUCAUACAGGUGUGAAGGAGCUUCUUCUAGUAGGAUUAACUGAAAAUCCUAACUUGCAGAUACCGCUCUUUUUGCUUUUUGCCCUUGUUUACCUCAUCACUCUAGUAGGUAACUGGGGGAUGAUUACCUUGAUCUGGUUAAAUGCCCAGCUUCAUACUCCAAUGUACUUCUUCCUUAGCAACCUCUCCUUUUGUGAUAUCUGCUACUCUACUGUCUUUGCUCCUAAGAUGCUGGUCCAUUUCCUGUCAAAACUUAAGUUCAGUACAUUUGUUGGCUGUGUUCUACAGAGUUUCUUUUUUGCAGUGUAUGUGACCACAGAAGGUAUCCUCUUGUCUAUGAUGGCUUAUGACCGCUUUGUGGCAAUAGCGAAUCCCUUGUUGUAUACAGUCAUUAUGACCCAACGUGUCUGUAUUCAGAUGGUCCUUUCAUCUUACUUGGGUGGGCUCAUUAAUUCCCUGACACACACAGUAGGUUUGCUCAAACUAGACUUCUGUGGUCCCAACAUUGUGAACCAUUACUUCUGUGACAUCCCUCCUCUUUUGAGGCUUUCAUGCUCAGAUGCACACACCAAUGAGAUGUUAUUGUUGAUUUUCUCUGGGAUCAUUGCAAUGUUCACAUUCAUUAUCAUCAUGGUCUCUUAUAUCCGAAUCAUCAUUGCCAUUCAGAGAAUUUGCUCAGUGGAAGGAAGGAGAAAAGCCUUCUACACUUGUGCCUCCCAUCUGACUGCUGUAACCUUAUUCUAUGGGUCUGUGACAUUUAGUUACAUCCAGCCAAGCUCUCAGUAUUCACUAGAACAAGAGAAGGUCUCUGCUGUGUUUUAUACAUUGGUGAUUCCCAUGCUAAAUCCUCUGAUUUAUAGCCUGAGGAAUAAAGAUGUGAAAGAUGCAGCAAAAAGAUCAAUUUGUCUGAAGAGAAACCCACUUCACUCAAUCCUGUCUAUGGCUUGGCAAACCUGA